UCCAUUGAAAGCGUAAACACUUGGAUACGGAGACCAAGUGUGCUGGGGAUGCACUGGAUGCACUCCCCGCACAUCAUCAGAUCGUGCGUUUUUAGGUCAAGCCGCAGUUGUCACUGACACUCUGACACACAAACACAAACAGCCCCAUGUGGGCAUGCGUUUCGGGCUUAAGAUUCCCAUUGUUAUCUCUGCAAGACAAUUUGCCAAUUUAGAGCUUAACGCAAUCAGAGCGAUUUAUGGAAUGCACUGCGAGAUAAUCUAGGGCUCUGAUGUAUAAAUAUCAUAAAAACACUAACAUUUUAUACUGUAAUUCCAUUGCUACAUAAUAUUACUCAUUGAAUGUGGGUGUUUCCGCUGUAUUUUUUUAAUUCGGCAACAUGUGAAUGGAUUUGUUGUUGUAUUUCUCCCCUGAUCGAACUUAUAAUAUUUCGUUAUUUAUCAAUCUUUUUCGGUAUUUUUGUACAUAUACGAAAUACAUUUCCGGGGCGAAUGGAAAAAAAAUAAGGAUCAUAAUCGAGAAUAUGAUAUGUAUCAGUGGAAUUAUACCUUCAGACACCCAAAUAAAACAUUAAAAUAUUAUGAAAAAACAUUAAACUUGUCAUCAUCUUUGAGUCCCCUCCAUAUUUUUUCCAUGUCACCAGGCCAUUCCCGAGUGACACCUCCCACUUCCACAGACACCACCAGAGUCGGAUUAAAAAAAAAAACUGCGUGCGAGGCUUUAAAAACCCAGAUUUCGGGCGCUACGCAUCCAGUUUCGUAGAAAUAAUUCCGCAGCAAAGUGCACAGUGCUCGCAGUUGCCGCGGUGGGAAGCUCUGGAAUCUCUCAAGUCGAGUCCAAAGGAUUAGCAGUGGUCCCUACAACCUACGAUAAUUCCCUUCAUUCAACCCAACAUGGCCAGUCACUUGCCCAAGGGCGGUGCCCUCGUCCUGGUGCUGAAUCUUCUCCUGCUUUCGCAAUGGGAGACGGAGUCCAAGCUGCUGACACGGUGUCAGUUGGCCAAGGAGCUAUUGCGACAUGACUUUCCCCGCAGUUAUCUGUCCAACUGGGUUUGUCUUGUGGAAGCAGAGAGCGGACGCAGCACAUCCAAGUCCAUGCAGCUGCCCAACCAGAGCGUCAGCUACGGCCUCUUUCAGAUCAACAGCAAAAACUGGUGUCGCAAAGGUCGUCGCGGGGGCAUCUGCAACAUCAAAUGCGAAGAAUUCCUCAACGACGAGAUCUCGGAUGACUCACGGUGCGCCAUGCAGAUCUUUAACCGCCACGGAUUCCAGGCCUGGCCCGGUUGGAUGAGCAAGUGUCGUGGGCGCACGCUGCCCGACGUUUCGCGUUGCUAGGACUGCUUUUCGACUUGCUCUUAGCCUUAACUAACUGUAUACAUAGCUACUAAAUCACAUAAAGCUUAAGUCAAUAUGUCUGAAAAAAAAAGUGUAUUUAUUUUCAAAUCACAGUGAUUAUUUGCGGGUAUUUCCAGGAAUCUCCCCCUAUCUUGCCUAAGCAAGAUGCUAUCUCUGUUUGCUAAUCAUUCACCUCACAAAAUUAAAUAAAC